UUUUAACAGGUACUGUGCAGAGCUCUGACUCUGCUGGCAGAUGGACUCACAGAUAAAGGAUCAUCACAUGGAAUAAAACACGUAUCCUGUAUAUCACUUUGAGGUUGAAUUCAUCCUUAUUUCAUUUAUUUGUAUCUUUCAUUUAUUUUGUAAAUAAUUUUUAGUUUUUCCAAGAACUGAAACGGCCUAGCCAUGCUUCCCUUCUCUGUUGUCCUUCUCCUGCUGUGUGCCACCCCUCGUCCCACCGCCUCUGUGGCCCUGCCCUUUGAGCAGAAGGGCUUAUGGGACUUUGGGAAGAGCAUCGAUGUAGAGGGGCUGAUGAUGAUGAUGAUGAACGAUGAAGAGGAAGGCUCAGCGGUUGAGGAAAACUAUAAACCAGAACAGCCUACUUGCCCAUUCGGCUGUCAGUGUAACCAGAAUGUUGUGCAGUGCUCUGACUUGGGUUUACACUAUGUGCCAUAUGACAUCCCCCCGGAGACCAGGCUCCUGGACCUUCAAAGCAACCAGAUCACUGAAAUAAGAGAGGGUGACUUCAAGGGACUCAGUAACCUCUAUGCUUUGGUGUUGGUGAAUAACAAGAUCUCCAGGGUGCACCCUCGGGCCUUCAUGCCCCUCAAAAGGAUGCACAAGCUCUACUUCUCCCAUAACCAGCUGACGGCCGUGCCCAAGAACCUGCCCUCUUCCCUGGUGGAGCUGCGCAUCCACGACAACCAUAUCAAGAGGGUGGCAUCUGGGGCUUUCUCUGGCCUGGGCAGCAUGAACUGCAUUGAGAUGGGGAGGAAUCCUAUUCAGAACAGUGGUUUUGAGCCCGGAGCCUUUGAUGGACUUAAACUUACCUUCCUUCGCAUUUCUGAGGCAAAACUCACAGGCAUCCCUAAAGAUCUCCCUGAGGGUCUACAUGAGUUGCAUUUGGAUCACAAUCAAAUUCAAGCCAUUGAACUAGAAGACCUAAGACAAUAUGAGAGUUUGCACAGGUUGGGUCUAGGCUACAAUCACAUUCGUCACAUUGAGCAUGGCAGCCUGUACUACCUGCAAAACCUGAGAGAGCUGCAUCUAGAUAACAACCGCAUCCCCAAUGUCCCUGGAGGCCUUGCUGGAAUGAAGUACCUGCAGGUGGUCUACCUUCACUCCAACAACAUCAGCCAGGUUGACGUGAAUGAUUUCUGCCCUAACGGCUUUGGUGUCAAGAAGACUUACUACAACGGGAUCAGUCUCUUUGAUAACCCAAUCAACUACUGGGAGGUGGUGCCGGCCACCUUCCGCUGUGUCAGCAACAGGAUGGCUGUACAGUUUGGCAACCACAAAAAGUAGUACAUGAGAGGCACCAGCUGUAGGGUAAUACAUGCAACUCAGAUACAAAAUAAAUAACUUUGUUACACAGUUAAAAAACAAUUUAUUGAUAGAAAGAGCCUGAUGUAUGGUAAAAGAUAAAUAACUAAAACAUAACUGAAGUUUGUUUUGCAUGCAUGGAGUCGGUGAUAUUGUAUAUUGGAAAGAAAGUCAUCCACAUAAUUUCAAUCAACCAAUUAAAUGUAUUUUAAUACAAUUUAAAAAUAUAUAUAUUUGUUACUUUCAAUUCAGCUGGAUCAUAGCAAUUUGGGAUUCUCUGUGAUUUUGUUUUUUUGUUUGUGUUUUAUCUCAAAUUACCUCUGACCUGACAACUGAUCUCAAAUAUUUGAUAUAGAAGAACAAUACAAACUGACAGUUGAAAGCACCUUCAGAAGAAUCUGUCUUAUAAAUGUUGUUGAAAAUAUGUUGUUGUCAUGAUGUGUUUGCAGAAUAUUGAAGAUUAUUUAGAAUAUAUUUUGCAUACCCUUUAUUGAAAUUGAACAAAAUGAAUGUCAUGUCGUGGAGAUUUUACACAGGGACACUCAAAGUCAAUCUUAAAGUAAUCCUUGUUUUAUUAACAGCAUGCUGGAGAGGUCACAGUCAAACUUAGAUGCAUAAAAUAUCGGCCUGAAGUGAGCUCCGCUGGGGCAGUCCCAUUAGAUCACUUAUAUACUUACAGUCAAGUUAUAUUUGCAUGAUUUAGCUUGUUCAUCAUUCAUAAUUAAUUCAUAGUUCAUGUUUGGUUCAUUCAUGUGACCGACCAAUACCUCACGAGGCUUCUUCUCUCCAAGCUGAGACCUUGAAACUGAGAUAUCCCUUUCUCAAAACAAGGUUCUGGCCGUACUGCCAAAUUGCAGAUACUGAUAAUGAGGAUUCGUUCAAUCAGUCACAUGCAUGAACACAGAAAUUGGUUAUUAGAAAAGCACAACCAAUAAAAUGUUCCAUCACAGUCA